UCUUACAAAACUUUUUAACGAUUAACAGAAUCCAACGAUAAUAAGAAUAUUGAUAUUAUUUAAGGUUACAAAAAAUAGUAGAUGAUGUUAAAGUAACUUUCCAUAACUAAUCAAAUGUAUUAUGAAAAGCAAUAAUUUUGUUAUUUUCAAAUAAAUAGUAAAGUGUAAAAUUGAAUGCUAACCCAAACCUAACCUCUUUUAUUCUCAGAGAAAAUCAAAACAUUUUUCUUCGCGUGGUAUGUACUCGGAAUAAAAGCUUUUCAUAAAGAUGGUACGAAAACUGAAAUAUCACGAACAGAAGCUAUUGAAAAAGGUUGAUUUCAUAUCAUGGCAAGCAGACAGAAAUUUGUACGAAGUAAAAAUCUUAAAACGUUAUCACGUACAGAAAAGAGAAGAUUAUGCGAAAUACAACAAGCUGGCGCGUGAGAUUCGUGAAUUAGGUACAAAAAUUAAAGAAAUCGAUGCAGAACACCCGUUUCGAAUAGAACAGAGUGCAUUAUUGUUAGAAAAAUUAUACAUGAUGGGGCUCAUCGCAACCAAAUGGGAUUUGGCAUUGACGCAGAAAGUAAGCGCAAUUUCAUUCUGUAGAAGACGAUUGCCAGUCGUCAUGGUACGAAAUAAGAUGAGCCAAGGAAUUAAAAUGGCAACGCAGUUAGUAGAACAAGGUCACGUUAGAGUUGGCGCAGAAGUUGUAAAGGACCCUGCUUUUCUAGUAGCAAGAAAUUUAGAAGAUUUUGUGACUUGGGUGGACACAUCCGCUAUCAAGAAGCAUGUAUUAGAAUAUAAUAAUGCUAGGGAUGAUUUUGAUAUGGCGUAAAUUAAAUAAUUAUGUUUUUGUAUAUUUGUAUCAAUACUUCUUUUAACAAAAUUAUGAUAUUUUUGUUCAAAACAAUUUCAGUUACAAUUAUAAAAAAUUUCUGAACAUUUGAGCGAAUAAAAUUGUGUUAUUUGUUGUUGGUAUACAACGAAUUGUAACAAUAUAUAGGAAGAUCUUGAUUUGCCAGACUUUCCAUAUAUUUAUUGCCCAAGAGAAUCUUGUUAACAGAUUCUUGAGACUUUUGAACAGUCCGUUUUUUAUGAAUUCCUUUAAGUAUCAUAUCGCGCAUACCAUCGAUAUAAUUGCUAAGAAAACAAACAUUUAAUUAAGAAUUAGCAAUAGAAUUUUGUAAUAAUAAUAAUAAUAAAGAAACCCCGAACAUGAUAUCAAUUA